AUGCCUUCGACUUUUUGGGAGCGGACAAAAGGGACGUCUAAGAAAGGAUUCGACAAGGCAUGGCACACCCUCGACAAACUGGGGGAUCCCGUCAAUCGACUCUCCAAUCGAGUCGGCGCAGAGGCCUUUUGGCCCAUGGCCAUUGACAAAGAGAGCGACAAGGCAGCGCGCAUUUUACGAAGCUUCUGCAAGGAUGGCUUUUACAGCGAGGAGGAUGCAGAUCGCCAGAGUACCGACAGCGCAGUCAACCCAACGACUGGCAAGAUCGACCGUCCCAAAGGCAAACAACGAGUCCUCAAGAAAAUCCCUUCAAGGGUCAUCCAGCAGGCCAAAGGCCUCGCCAUCUUCACCACCAUGCGCACCGGUCUCUGGCUAAGCGGCUCAGGCGGAAGCGGUGUUCUUCUGGCACGGAUACCUGAAACAGGCGAGUGGAGUCCUCCGUCGGGCAUCAUGCUGCAUACCGCGGGUAUUGGGUUCCUAGCCGGGGUCGAUAUAUAUGACUGUGUGGUCGUCAUCAAUACAUACGAAGCGCUAGAAGCAUUCAAGAAAGUUCGCUGCACCCUCGGUGGAGAAGUAAGCGCCUCUGCCGGUCCUGUUGGCAUGGGUGGUGUUUUGGAAUCCGAAGUCCACAAGCGACAAGCCCCGAUUUGGACCUACAUGAAAAGUCGGGGGUUGUAUGCAGGUGUUCAGGUUGACGGAACGAUCAUCAUCGAGCGAAGCGAUGAAAACGAGCGAUUCUACGGCGAGCGCAUAUCAGUGACGGAUAUCUUGGCUGGCAAGGCCAAGAACCCUCCUGCAUCAAUUCAAACCCUGAUGCAAACUAUUAAGGCCGCCCAAGGAGAUGCUAAUGUGGAUGAAGCUCUCUUGCCACCUCCAGGGGAGGCUCCCGGUGAUGUCGAACUUGGCCCUGCGAUCGGUUCCUUUGGUGUACCUGAUCCAGAGGAUCCCGACCCGUUUGGUGUCAAGGCGUUAGAAGCGGAAGGUCUUUUCAUUCGCGAGGCUGGUUCGCGAAGCAGACCGUCGCAGGAGGCAUUCGAGUUCAAACCCGCCCCAAGCAGUCCUAUUUAUGCCACAUUCCGCCGCAGUCUCGAUAGUUCACCCCGCAGCAGCUGGCGCGCGAGUGUGCAGAGCUAUGCCAGCAUGGAUCGAGGGACCCAGACGGAUGAUGGUCCGGCUACAGCGCCGCCUUCUGUCAGUCGCGCCUCUUCUCGAAGUUAUCGAGACCACGAGGAGUCUCGUCUGGGUGCUGUUAUCCCCGAGCAUGGCGAGUAUCAUGUUCCCACGGACGCUCCGGUCGCUGCCGAUGUCGAAGACGACUUGGUGGACGAUGACGAUCUAGAGGUGCACGAAGUCAGCAGUGCAACUGUUUCCAAGCGAGAAAGUAUCGCCCAUUCCCCCGUUUCCAUCGAAGACUCAACAAUGCCUUCUGAACUUCGACGUUACUCACCCACGUUCACACGUGCCCGUUUGGUGACAAUUCCCAAGCGUGUCCCACCUGCGCUUCCACCUCGCCACCCUUCGCGUACUCCUGGUUCAAUCUCGACUUCGACCCCCACUUCGCCGACCUCACUCUCCCGCUCUCACAGUCGUCGCCGGUCGGUGGCGUCGAGCCCUGGACGCUCUGGAAUGAUUGGCCUCACCGAACUACCCCUGCACUCCCUGUCUGACGACUCGCUCAGUGACUCCUCGUCCAACGCAGCAGCAGAGUCGUACAACAAGACAUCACCUGACCGGGAGGAUUUCCACUCCGUGUCCAGCCUCCACGACUCGGAUGCCGCUUCGGAAAAGGAAGCUAGCAUCAAGGAGAUCGAUGCGAGGCUGAACUUGCAAAACCACUUUCUUCCGAUGCAGAUGUGA